UUUUUUUUUUUUUUUUUUUUUUUUUUGGAGAGAGGGCACAAGUGAGCAAGGGGCAGAGAGAGAGAGAGAGAGAGAAAAGCAGGGCUCACCUGGAGCUUGUGUUUUACCCAAAGUGAGGCUUGAGCUCACCCAAAGCGGGGCUCAAGCUCACCCGAUAUGGGACUCAAACUCAUGAGCUGUGAGAUCAUGACCUGAGCCAAAGUCAGAUGUUUAAUGACUGAGCCACCCAGGAACCCCAAUUUGAUGACAUACAUGUGUGGGUAAAUCUUCAAAACCAAGUAUAUUGAUUAUUUCUUUGCAAUCUUGAUUUUUUAGUACAUCAUAGUAUGUUAACAUUUCAUUUGAUGUUUCCCAUUAGUGAAAUUGUGAAACUUGUUCAUAAGUAUUCUUACUCUCCUCUUGGGUAUAUGGUAGGUAUUCCUGCCAAAUUAAAGGUGGGCAUGGACAUGUGACUUGAUUUAGCCAUGAAGUGUGAGUAGAACAAGUGUGUGAUACUCCUAGAUGGAAACUUUAAAUAUUGAGUAUGUACUUGGGGGGCCUAGGUGAUUCAGUCAGUUGAGCAUCCACUCUUGGUUUUGGCUUAGGUCAUGACCUCAUGGUUUUGAGUUUGAGCCCAGCAUUGGGCUUUGCGCUCUCCAUGCAGGCCUCCUUAGGAUUCUCUCUCUCUGCCUGCCCCCUGCUUACACUGUUUCUGUCUCUCUUGAAAUAAAUAAAUAAACUUAAACAAAAAAAUAGUAUAUUCUUUGCCACACUGUCUCCUUCCUAUGGUAGCUGCUACUUUAGCCUAGGUCCUUUAAGUCACCUCUCAAUGAGCAUUUAGCAUAAAGGAAUAAAAUCUUAGUUAUUUUGAGACAUCAAGAUUUGUUGGUGUCUGUUAUUGUAGCAUAACUUGGUUAAACUUCUAUGAUUGGUCUUAAUAUGAUUUUUUGUAGGAACAUUUAUUGAUCAAACAUAUGUCAGAUAAAAACUGUUCUCCCAGAGUAUAUAUAUCUUUUGAAUUUCAGCUUAAGUGAUUGUAAUAAUCAGUAAAGUUAUGAAGAGUAUCUGUUGGAAUGAUCAGUUAUGUGCCUUAAUUUUAUUCGUGGGCACAAUAGUGUAGUGACAGGUAUUAGACAAUGUUGGUAGGUUCAGAAAAGAAGGGAAGCUCAGAAUGGAAUGGUACCUAUUCCAGAAGGGACCAGAUUUCAUACCUGAUAACAUUAAAUAUAGGCCAUUUGUUUCAGAAAAGAAAGAAAGAAAAGAAAAAGAAAAAGAAAAGAAAGAAAUCCUUUCUGAGCAUAGUCCAUUUUGGAAGCUCAUCUGUUAAGAAUUUUCAAGUCACAUUCAGUUGAUAGGAUGAAAAAAUUCAAGAGAAGGCUAUCCCUCACUCUUCGAGGAAGCCAAACUAUUGAUGAAUCAUUGUCUGAAUUGGCGGAACAAAUGACUAUUGAAGAAAAUAGCAGCAAGGAUAAUGAGCCUAUUGUGAAGAAUGGCAGGCCUCCAACCUCUCACAGUAUGCAUUCCUUCCUCCACCAGUACACAGGAUCCUUCAAGAAGCCCCCGUUGCGGAGACCACAUAGUGUUAUUGGAGGAAGCCUUGGAUCCUUCAUGGCAAUGCCCAGAAAUGGAAGCCGACUAGAUAUUGUGCAUGAAAAUCUAAAAAUGGGAUCAGAUGGUGAGAGUGACCAAGCUUCUGGGACAUCAUCUGAUGAAGUACAGUCACCUACGGGUGUUUGUCUUAGAAAUCGUAUACAUAGACGGAUCUCAAUGGAGGAUUUAAAUAAACGGUUAUCAUUGCCUGCAGAUAUCAGAAUACCUGAUGGGUAUCUUGAAAAGUUGCAGAUAAACAGUCCACCAUUUGAUCAACCAAUGAGCCGAAGGUCUCGUAGAGCUUCUUUAUCAGAAAUUGGGUUUGGAAAAAUGGAAACCUAUAUCAAAUUGGAAAAACUUGGAGAGGGUACAUAUGCAACAGUAUAUAAAGGAAGAAGUAAAUUGACAGAGAAUUUGGUGGCGUUAAAAGAGAUCCGGUUGGAACAUGAAGAAGGUGCACCCUGCACAGCUAUAAGAGAAGUUUCACUAUUAAAGGAUCUAAAACAUGCAAAUAUAGUAACCUUACAUGACAUUGUUCACACAGAUAAAUCUUUGACUCUGGUAUUUGAAUAUCUGGAUAAAGAUCUAAAACAGUACAUGGAUGACUGUGGAAACAUCAUGAGUAUGCACAAUGUAAAGCUGUUUUUGUACCAAAUUCUACGUGGUUUGGCAUAUUGCCACAGAAGAAAGGUAUUGCACCGAGACUUGAAACCACAGAACCUACUCAUUAAUGAAAAAGGAGAAUUAAAGCUAGCAGAUUUUGGGCUAGCCAGAGCCAAGUCAGUUCCCACAAAGACCUACUCAAAUGAAGUCGUCACACUGUGGUACCGGCCGCCUGAUGUGCUUCUUGGUUCCUCAGAGUACUCAACACAGAUUGACAUGUGGGGUGUUGGUUGCAUUUUCUUUGAAAUGGCUUCUGGAAGACCUCUAUUUCCAGGAUCAACUGUGGAAGAUGAACUGCACUUAAUUUUCCGACUGCUAGGAACACCAUCUCAGGAAACUUGGCCGGGUGUUUCUUCAAAUGAUGAGUUCAAGAACUACAACUUUCCAAAAUACAAACCACAGCCUCUCAUUAACCAUGCACCCAGGUUAGACUCUGAAGGAAUCGAGUUGAUAACAAAAUUUCUUCAGUACGAAUCUAAGAAACGGGUUUCAGCAGAAGAGGCCAUGAAGCAUGUGUACUUUCGAAGUCUGGGACCAAGAAUACAUACUUUACCUGAAAGUGUAUCAAUAUUCAGUUUGAAAGAGAUUCAGUUGCAAAAGGACCCGGGUUUUCGAAAUUCUUCUUAUCCAGAGACAGGACAUGGGAAGAACAGAAGACAGAGCAUGCUCUUUUAAGUCUGAUAACAUGGUUUCAAGCCCAGCCCCCAGCCUUUCUUAUCAAUCAAGGACUCAGAUCUGAAGGCAAUUAUUUCUUUUGGUGGACUUGGAAUCUCCGUUUGUCUACACUGUCCUCUUCACAGUGGAGUCUUUUUAUUUCAGACCUACAGAUUGUUUUUAUAUUUGUUGUCACAGUGUGACAAUUUUUUUGUACAGUUGGUUUUAAGGUCUUCUCUGCCAUUAGAGCCAGUAGGUUACAGCUAUUGAUGUAACUGUAGCUGCAAUUUUUGUGCAGGACUGAGAAACACAGUGCAUUAUUUAUUGCGGAAUCAUUGCUGCUAAAUAACUACUGUCUGUUUAUUUAACACAACAGUUAAAUGCCUGAAGAAGUUGCAGUGGCUUUAUUAGAUGUGAAUGCAUCUGUUUCUCCCCACGAAUUGUUUUACUGCUGCAUUUCUUGUUUGUUUUUAAAAUUAAACUGCAGUGUUUCCUGGAAUGUAAGUUUAGCUUUGCUUAACAGUAAAACAAGUGAGCCAUCUUGAACACUCUAAGUUCAUGCUGUAUAAUCUUUCAUUGAACAUCAGCAAAUAGAGUAGCUAAAAAAUUGAUGAGUACAUCAUGUUUAGGAAAGCAUGUGAUGCAGAGGUUGAUUCAAGCAAGUGAAUACCUGACAUGGGGAUCUCACAUUAGAUACCAGUAAUUUAAAGCACCAAAAUUAUUUAUUUUUACCUUGCCUCAUUUUAGAAAUAUUUACUGCAUAUUAUUGGAUAUGUGUAUACUAAUACACUUACCUAUUUUACAUUGUGCUUUAAUUUAGUUAAAACUAAACCAUACAAGUCCAGUGAAAUAUGUGAGGUCUUGUUUUCAUUUUAAAUACAGUUCUUUUAUUAGAAAGGAUGAUACUUUUGGGGGGAGCCAUUUAUUUCAUUUGGGGGCUGUCUAUAUGCGUGUGUUUUAAUAACAUUCACUUGGAAUCAGCUAAAAGCUGUAAUAUGUCUUUGAAAUGAGCCAUGAUAAAUACAAAUGACAGAAAGGAGAACUGAGGAUUGUUUUAAAGCAUUGUAGGUAUUAAUGUGUUUAUCAGAGAUAGUAAAUAUUACAGUUUCAAUUAUGCAUCUCUUUGAACAUCAUAAACACGCCUUGGUGUUGGUAAGUGUUUUAAGCAUUUGUGUUAACUUUUAAGGACUAUUUGUUUAGUGCAUCUUACAAACUACAAAUCUUAAUUGGUAUAUUUUGAAAUGGUCAUGUAAAUUUUUGGCUUAUAUAUCAUGAAAAUAAUCAUAACUUAAUUUUUUUCCUGAUAUUCACUGUAAAACAUUCAGGGGUCCUACCAUUUCUGUUCAGGAAAUCUUGUAGUUUAUUGUUAUUUAACAGUAUUAAGUGAAUUUUUGUAUAUUUCAUUUUAACUUUAUUUGUGAAUAGUGAUUGUGGCAUGUUUGGGUGUUAUUUUAAUAUUUCAUGAGACAGAAAUUUUAAUUUUUAAAAAAAAUUUUCUGGAAGAAACAGAUUCAUGUGUAAUGGUGAAUAUUGGACCACUACUGCUUUUCACAUUUGUAAAUUGGUUUUAUGUUAAACCCUGUAGCCUAACAAACUGCUGUUAUUUCUAACUGACAGACAUGUAUUAAUAUUGUACUUUGAAGGUUAUAAAUAUUAUGUGGAAAUUCCUCCAUUUUGUUUUGAAAUUUAUAAUAACAAGAUCUUCAUGUUGUUAAAA